UUGUGAAUGGGCAUUGAUGGAUGCUUGGAGGCACGAUUUGACUGAAUGUAAGUCUCCCACAUGCCGGGCUCUCUACCGAAGCGCUCUCUUUAACUUUCUUGGGUUGUCAUGGAGGUUUGUAGCGUGCCCUUGCCAGCGUUCCUUCAUGUACAUAUGUAUUCCGACCUGUUUUACUUUACUUGCCACUGCAGCUCACAGAGCGUAGCUGCUAAUACUGCUCACCCAAGAAGCGAUGGAAUUAAACUUUCAAACGAUGUUUUGAGGUGCCUUUGCCAUCAGUUUGGUUCCGUAUGCGGCUGUUAAAAACGUUGAAGAACAAAUAAACGGAUUUGCUUUUCGUACCUGUGUGAAUAACUGAAGGCAUAAAAGAAAGAAAAACACAAAACACAAUUUUCAUAGUGCUAAAAUAGUUGAAGGUGCUCUUGAGCACAACGAAAACACGAGUCCCGCUUUUUACCCCAUUCCGUGUCCCCAACCCGUUGAGGUUAAAUGUCGUUUUUGAGUUUUUCCCUACUCUGCCACUGAGAAAAUUUUCGCUGUUUUGCUGCUUUUCUCGACGCAUUUCUUCGCCGCUUGAUUUUCGUGUUUCUGUUGUUGUAGUAGGUCGAUGAUGAAGUGUUGAAAAGACGGAUUUCUUUUCGCCAAAGCAAUGAGUGCGAUUGUCGUGUAGGCAAUUGUCGACUUGCACACUUACACAUGCAAACGACACUCUUCACAUUUCACUACAGCGACAACACAUCAGUGAAAAGCAAAAAGCUCUCAGUCACAAAGAUCAGCUGUUUAGCUGACCAUUACACGUCGGUGGUGUAGCUCCCUCUGCUAGACUUCCAUGCGUAACUUUAGACCGAUGCGCAUUCCAUUACAAAACGAAGCUAGCCUCCCCCAACCACAGUCGCAAACAACACAACAACAGUACCCCACUCGGGUGCCCCAACUAAAACAACGGAAUGCACAAACAACUGAUUGGGUACGAAUUACGAAGCAAAUAACAAACAAACAAACAACAAACUUGGCAACUUUACGCGUUCACAUAGGGGCGCCGCCACCUGACAUUCUGAUAACUGCCGUCGCUUAGCAUCUUCAUUCAUUGGUCAGCCAGACAAUGGAACGGUUGUCGCAACAAUAACGGAAGAAUAGAAAUCCCCAAAAACGCGAUCGAUUUAAAAAGCCCGUGCCGUACCACAGCCUCUCGUGGUUCGAAUUGCGUAAAUAUUUUCAAGUGCGAAACGAUUCCAAUCGAGUGCAAUGAGAAACAGUAGCACGUGUGAGAAAAAAGUGUUCCCAUUCAGUGUUUAGCCAAGAUUUCUGAAAAUGCUUUUUAGCCACAUGAGUAUCAAACAGGAAUUGCAAACGGAUGAGACACAGCAACAUAGCCAAUUUCAGCCAAGUCAAUCGAAAUUUGUCGAAAUCGAAAAUUGUAAUAACUGUUCAAAAAUUGCCCCAAACCCACUGACACGUGAAAGCCCCAAAACAAUAACCAACUCCAGACAGAUUGCCACCAUCCUCAACAACAGGACUGGCAGCAGAAGCAAUCGUCCUUUAGUCCUCAAUUUAACCAACACAACGAGAACGACCACCAGUUCUUGCAUCGGCGGCGCCACGGAUUUCUCAAUAGCAGCGAUAAUGGCGAGAGGCGGAAAUGCCUCGAGCCGCGAACCAUCGGAGAGGAGUUUGAGUCCAUUAUCUCUUGAACGCUUCCCCGACGCCGAAGAGGAAGGGGAUGUUGAUGUGGUCGAUUGUAGCGACACCGAAUCAGCGGCAUCCGUUGCUCGUCUAUCGCGGCACGGUGGAGCAGCGCUUAUCCAAAAGACUGCCCUUAAACAUCGCAUAAACUACAGCAAUGACAGCGGAAAUGGAAGCUCCAACCAUAACCACAGUUCCAGUAGCAGUCGAGGGAGGGCGUCUCCCCAAAGUCCUUCUCAGGCGGAAGACGAUCGUUUGUCCCCAGAGCCAGCGAAGGUAAAACGCAAAAACUCUCCCAAAAUAGUUGGGUCCUGCAACUGCGACGAGCUGCUGCCCAUUCAAUGCCACCUUGAGACCAAAGAGUUAUGGGACAAGUUCCAUGAACUGGGCACCGAAAUGAUCAUCACAAAAACGGGAAGACGAAUGUUCCCGACUGUCCGUGUCAGUUUCUCCGGACCUUUGAGACAUAUGCAACCACCAGAUCGCUAUGCUGUCCUUAUCGACAUUGUACCCAUGGAUUCGAGACGAUACCGAUACGCGUAUCACCGGUCCUCGUGGCUGGUGGCUGGCAAGGCUGACCCUCCACCCCCAGCCCGUUUAUAUGCCCACCCAGACAGCCCCAUAAGUGUCGAUGCACUGAGAAAACAAGUGGUUUCAUUCGAGAAGGUCAAAUUAACGAACAAUGAAAUGGAUAAAAGUGGACAAAUUGUAUUGAAUUCAAUGCAUCGCUAUCAGCCAAGAAUCCAUCUGGUCCGCCUUAGCCAUGGUCAGAAUAUUCCCAACACCCCCAAGGACUUACAGGAAAUGGAACACAAGACAUUUGUCUUUCCGGAGACAGUCUUUACGGCAGUAACGGCCUACCAGAAUCAAUUGAUAACAAAGCUGAAAAUAGAUUCUAAUCCAUUUGCCAAAGGCUUCCGAGACUCCUCUCGCCUAACUGAUUUUGACCGUGACCCCAUGGACUCUUAUUUGUUUGAGCAGCACUUUCGAUCGCCACUCAGAUUCUUUCCGGACCCACUGAUGCAGCAAAUGUCACCCCAGGAUGCUGAUGCUGCAUCCAUGGCCUUUCUGGAAAAGGCCAGGCAACACCUGCAGAUGUUUGGGCGGUCACCAUACACGGAGAUGUUAUUGCCUCAUCUAUACCAACGUCCUCCGACUGCAGCAGCGCUGAACGCCUUCAACUUGGGAAUGUGGCAACAACAGUGGCCCCAAUUGACCGCUGGGUUUCUGGCUAACCACCAAGCGGCAGCAGCACAGGCCGCAGCAAAUGCGGCUGCUGCAGCAGCUGCCUCAUCUCGAAGGAGUCCGCAGCCCAUAAAUCCACCAGCACCCGCUACGACGCCCUCUUCAUCUGGAUCGGCUUCUCCUGAUUUGAGGACAAAAAACUUCCAUCGAUUCAGUCCCUACACAGUUCCUCAACAGCAUCAACAACAACAGCCGUCCCAACCGCCACCUCCGACAAGAAGUCCGCCAAACUGAUUUCAUUCUACCCAACCAGUGCAAUCGUAAAUAAUGUUGACAUUAUUUAGUAGGGGCCUUGUGAACCGUGAAAGGAUCCCGCUUUAUGAUUAUUUGUAAAGUUCCCACAUAUAUGUUAGUGUAAAGACAGAACACAAGAGCUAUCAACCUGUAAAUAAAUGUAAUUCCUUAGAUAUAGUCCUGAGAAUUGAGGCCCAAAGGCAUAAUUUGAAUGUAUCCCGCUGAAAACACUCGAUUCUUUGUAGAAAGUGCUUUGUUAGUGUAUAAAAAGGCAAGGGCCCAUGAUGGACCCGGCAAAUGCUACCGAUACUUACCUUUGUAUUGGCAGACGUCUUUGUAUUUAAUAUUGUUCCUAAUUGUAAUGAAUAGCCUAAUGAAGUAUUUUAGAUAAAUAAAUGCGAAUAAAUGUAAUUGACGGAAUGUUGCUACACACACACCCAUACACAAAUACAUAUAAAUAAUAGCUUAAGAUAGAAAACAUAUUUUAAAUUUGGUUUAACAUUUUGUAAUAUGUGCUUAUGACCAGUGAAAAAAUUAGUAAUUUAUUUAAAGCUUCAUUAAAAAUAAAGAGAAACACAUCAAUGAAUUAUA